AUGCGAUUCAAUCAUUUUUCCGUUGACGAGGGCCAUACAAUGCACGAUGCACCGUUCCUUCUCGUCAAAAUGGCUCAAAGGUGCACUCAACAUCGCAGAACAUCCAAGGCCACUUGAGCUGCCUUUAUUCUUAUAUCCCUCUAUCUAUCGCGCAUUGCCUCGUCGAAGAAUACGUGCCGUCGCAUUUUCGUCUCAACCACAAACUUCAACAUGGAAAGUGCAGCAUCGUUGCUUGCAUGCGCAGGCGGCUGCAGAGGAUCAUUCAUCCGAGUAUGAUACUCAACAGUCUUCCCCCACCCAAAACCAACCGAACGUGCGUCAGCUACCGAGACAAUGUCCGGGUUGCGGCGCUCUAUCACAAAUAACCUUACCCGGUUAUGCUGGAUACUUUGAUCUCAAUCGCAAAUCCGUUAUAGAAUAUCUUCAGCCCAAAGGCGUAAGCCUUUCGCGACAAGAAGAUAUUAUUUACGAACGUGCGCUCGAUGGCUCCCGUUUGGAAGAACUGAAGGAGAGAGGGGUUGACGUGGAUGCGCUUCUAGAGAGUGUACCUCCCCCCGAGAUGGAUCGACGAGAGCCCCAAAAAAAGCCCGUUUGCGAGAGAUGCCACAACUUGCAACAUUAUAGCACCGGAGAAUCGAUUUUUCACCCUUCGAUAGAUUCAAUCAGGGAUACGAUAGCCGAAUCACCCCACAAGCACAACCACAUCUAUCACGUUAUUGAUGCUGCCGAUUUCCCCAUGUCCUUAUUGCCACGAAUCUCUGACUUACUGGAUACUACGCCCCUACGAACCAAGAACCGUCGAUCGAGGUCGGAGAAUUUCUACACCAGUUGGAAGACCGGAUUGACCUUCGUAAUAAAUCGUUGCGAUCUUCUAGCACCGCAGCAAGAGCAAGUGGAAAAACUAUUUCCAUAUCUGCAAGAGGUGCUCCGAGACGCUCUUGGACGAGCGGGGAGGAAUGUACGUCUAGGCAAUCUGAUAGCUGUGAGUUCGAGACAAAACUGGCGGACUCGGAAUUUGAAAGAAGAAAUAUACAAACGGGGUGGAGGUACUUGGCUAGUUGGCAAGGCGAAUGUAGGCAAAAGCAAAUUGGCCUCAGAAGUAUUCCCGAUGGGUAGGAUGCACAAGUUUCCCGGUAAAGUAAUAGCGGGUGAAAAAGCGACGUCAACAGAAAGAACAAGAUUCGACCUAGAGCCGGCACGAGAUGAUACAAGUGCCCAGGUGAUAGAGGGCUUGGAAGAGAAUAUUGAUGAAUAUUCACUCCUGCCGCCCGCACCGAAGGAGACGGACUAUCCAGAUUUGCCACUGGUCUCCGCAUUACCUGGAACGACGGCAUCGCCAAUCCGGCUUCCGUUCGGUAAUGGUAGAGGAGAGUUAAUCGAUCUCCCUGGCUUAGAACGAACUGGCCUUGAACAGCAUGUCCAAAAGAGCUAUCGUUCGUCUUUAAUCCUAAAAAGACGAGUUGUGCCUAAACAAAUAACAAUUACGGCAGGUCGGUCCUUGCUCCUUGGUGGCUUCAUCCGCAUCACACCAAGGGCACCGGCACCGGUCAUGUUGAUGUGCUCGUUUACGCCACUUUAUCCGCACGCCACAAAGACCGACAAGGCAGAGGCCAUCCAAGAGCAACGUGCCAAAAUGUCGAAUUUACCAUUCGACAACAUAGCAGAGCCAGGAACGGGCGAACGGACGAGACUUGCAGGUUCUUUCGAGCUGAAGUGGGACGUGACAAAACAGCGUACGGGUCCAUUGAUGAGGAAAGGUGCUGUCGGCUUGAACAUAGAACAGCUACCGUUUCGUGUUCUGUCGACCGAUAUCCUGAUCGAAGGCGUUGGGUGGGUAGAAAUCGUAGCUCAAGUACGCACAAAAGACCUUUUUGCGCGAAAGCCAAAAUCAGAGGAAUCUCCAAUGGAGGCGCCUGAAGAAGAAAAGAAGCUUUCAGCUUGGGAAAGGCUGGAGGCUCUCGCUGAGGAUCCAAAGAAGAGGAAAACCCCACCGCCAAGUCCUGUCUCAGGAGAGCCUAACUGGCCUAUCGUGGAUGUGUAUAGUCCCGAUGGUAAGUACAUCUCAUGUCGUCGGCCGAUGAACGGUUGGAUGUUAAACAAGCCUCUGGAAUCGAAGGCUUUCAAGAGAUCAAGGCCAAGGAAGGGUAUGAAGGGUGUGAAGAAGCUCGAGAAGAAGCGCAGGCGAGAAGCCGCCCUUCAAUAACUCAAAUAUAAUCUCGACGACUCCAGAACGUGAAACUAUGUAUAUUAUACGAAUGUACGAGAUUAUGAGAUGAAUUGUUGGCUUUGAAGUGAGUUUCGUCUAUUAUUUUGACUUUACGUGAAAUCAAAGUACGUAUCUAGGUAGACUACCGGUAACAUGAGGUUAAAUACGAUAGAUCGAAACCCU